AUGGCAACGGGCACUUCAGCGCAGGACGUACGCCUCUGGUCACGGCCAAGGUCAGGCAAAGAAGAGCGAUCUCCCAUGCUAUCAUCCAUCCGAGCUUUUCCUGAUUUUAUGCCCAGGAUUGUCACCUCUCUUGCCGGAACUAGCACUGCUCUCUACAUUGUGCUGAAUCAAGACCUGAGCCACGGCGGACACGAUGAGCACCAUGGUGAUGAACACAGCGAGCCUGAGAAGCUAUCCACCCAGCCCGAGGAGGCCCAGUCGGAGAAGUCCGAAGAGGACAAGCCCGAUCUCGAGCCCAAGAAGGACAACAAGAAAGAUGGUGGCGCAAAGGCGGACAAGGAGCAGAAGGAGGCUCCCGAGGGUGCUUCGGAGGAAGACUUGGAAGGAGAGAAGAACUCGGCCAAGGCGUCAGACGUGAAGGAGGAUCUUGCGAAGCAGAAGGGCGAGGAGUCUCCCCACGCGACCGCUGACGACAAGUCCUCUGAAUCUCCCGAUGAGGCUGACAAGCCCCACUCGCGCAAGCCGGCUCAUGACCCCACCGACAUGUCCGGCAAGCAGGAGGGUUUGUCCAACGACGACACCAAGCACACCUCCGCAAUCCACGAGGAGCCAGAGAAGAGCAAGAAGGGCGAGGGUGUUGCUGAGACCGCCAAGCUCAAGGGUACCGUCUCCACUGAGCGACCGGGAGCUGAGAGCGACCAGCGCGGAAAGGCCAAACAGGACAAGGACGAGUAG